AUGGCGUACAACAAAGCCUUCAACCCUGACGCAUUACCUGCACAUGCAGAGCCUGAGCAGGCUGCCCAAGCUCUGAGCCAACUGCAAGGAAAUCGCAAGCCUUCACCGAGUGCUCGAUACCCGAAUCAAGCACAACCUCAGCAGAACGAUCCGCGCCCUCCUCCCAACGGCCGUUAUCAGUCUCCUGCAAGCCACAAUCCUCUUCAGCGACCGCCGCCGGCACAGAACUACCCACAGCCGCGACCUUCUAAUGACCAGUCCUACGUGGAUAACCAAUACAGCCGCCUGCAGUCUCCUCCCCCACAAAGUUAUGGCUACGGCCGUGGUCAAAAUCAGCAGCGCUAUGAAGAUCCUCAAUAUUCUUGGAAGGGAGCGGAACAGUACCCUGGACGUGGCGGAGGAAUCCCUGAUCUUGGAUCUCGUAGCCCGUACGAUUUCUUUCGCGAUGCGAAUGAAUCGCAGACGGGCAAUAUGACAAGCGCCGAACUCGGGAAGGCUCUUGUCAACUCGGAUGGCACUCGCUUUGACAGUACAACUAUCUCGUCGCUGAUGCGCAUGUUCACCACGUCUUCGUCCAACAGCCGUGACGAUUUGACCCUUACUUUCGACGAAUUCAAGAGCAUGUGGGAGUUCCUGGCCGCUUGGCGGCGACUAUUCGAACAAUUUGACGUUGACCAUAGUGGUCGCGUAUCGCGGGAUGAAUUUUCCCGCGCCAUGACGGCGUUUGGCUAUCGUCUGUCACCGCCAUUCAUCACUAUGCUGUACAAUACAUUCAAUGACCGGAGCCCGGCGAAGCACCAGGGUAUGAGUUUUGAUCUAUUUGUCCAGGCGUGCAUUAGCCUCAAGAGGAUGACAGAUGUGUUUAAGAAAUACGAUGACGACCGAGACGGAUAUGUCACCCUCAGUUUCGAGGAGUUCUUGACUGAGGUAUUGCGGCUGCGGGAUUGA